AUGACUUCGGCGGUACCAACAUCUCAUCCGCCUGUAAUCAACGCGCCCGGCGGGUCCAGCGGCAACCCCGUCAUCAACGCGCCUCCCAGAUCACCACACUCGUCCAUGUCACCAGUCGCCUCACCACAACAAAACGUUUCCCCUGGCUCGCCGCGGCAUCAGUCCGGCACCAUUGACGCGGAGACGUACAUCCGCAACCACGGAGGAGACCUGCGACGGACAAUUGACUCGGUAGUCAAUGAUCGUAAUCAGCUGCAAGGACAAAACACACAACUGUGGCGAUUGAUCGAGAAGCAGAGAGCACAAUGUGCUCAUCUCGCGGCGGACAACGACCGGUUACGACAAGAUCGGGAACGAGCAAAUCAGCGAUUGAUCCAGGCCGGAUUGGAGCCUGUAGCUGGCGCUCGGCGUGGCGUCUCGCACAGCGUCAGUGCCAUGACGCUCAUGUCGGGCGAGGGGAGGCGGCAAAAUAAUUCUGACCAGGAGGACAAUGGAAGCGCAAAGGGCUCUAAUGGCCCGUCAACGUCUCCCGUCUCGGUCCCAAACCUUGCCGCCACUGCCCGCUCGACGUCGCCGGGAGAAUCGCAGGUCAACUCUGGCUUGUCCUCGGGCUGGACGUCGUCUGCGCCUCCUCAACAGCCAGAAUACAACCCCUCCUCUCUCGCCCCCUCCGCUCUCCCUCCUCCGGCCGUUGACGCCUACGGCGGCCUCCUCCCGUCUCCGCUUCCCGAGCGCCGUCUGCGUCACGAGUCUCGCAUGACUUUCCCUCCCGAGGUCGCGUCGUUUAUGGCACUCGCAGACACGCCGAGGGACGGCACUGCCGAGGGAUCGACGCCCAGCCCAGGUGACAGCGCCCGAGGAUCGCCUGCGGUGGAGCCCAUAUUCGAAAACAGCAACGAGGAUCCGCGGCCGUCUCAAGACACGAUCCCGUUCCGACCAGUUCUGGACCAGCAACCGUCAAAUGACUCGGUUCCGAGCAACGGCAAUGCCAUCGCCUCGCCCUCCCCGGCACCCGAUCACACGCAGCUCACCCCUGCUCUCCUCCCCCACGCUCACCUCUCCAUCCCGCACUCGACCGUUUUCCCCAACCAAAACGGACGUGACGUGCUGUGCUUCAUCAUUGCCAUCAACAUCCGCCCUCCCAACAAUGCGACCCCAUUGUCCUGGACCGUCGGCAAGACAUUUUCUGCCUUUAUGGACCUCGACGCCCGGUCACAAGAACGGUCGGGGAAGAACCGCAAGGAGUGGAAGCGGAUGGUCGCGUCGCUGCCCGAGGGCAAGGCCUGGAAGGACUUUGCGCCGAGCAAGAUUGAUCAGCGCAAAGUCGCCCUCGAGCAGUACCUCGAGUCGCUCCUGCUCGCCCCAACCAGUGACAAGUCGGAUCUGUGCAACUUUCUUACGACCGAUGUUGUGCAAGCCAAGACGAACAAGAAUCGAGAGGAGGGCUACCUCACGAAGAAGGGCAAGCCGUUUAAGGGAUGGAAGACGCGCUACUAUGUGCUUGACGGCUCGGUCAUGAAGUGCUUCGAGUCGCGCGGUGGACCGCUGAUCAGCACCCUGCAAAUUGCCGGUGCGCAGAUCGGCCGGGGAAACCGUGCGACCGACAACGGCGACGAGCGCGACGGCCGCCAUGCUUUCCUGAUCAUUGAGGCCUCUAAGAAAGACUCCUCAACGCAGAACCGACACGUUUUGUGCGCUAGCAGCGACGCAGAGCGCGACAGCUGGAUCGAGAUGCUCUCGACUGCCUCGACGGCCCACACGCAGCAGGCGUCCAGCACCAGCCAAAACGGACCUCCGCCGGCUUUCCAGAACGCGGCGGCUCGCGAGCUCGGCCACCAGCGCCGCAGGAGUGCGAUCCGCAAGUCGAGCAAGGACGUUGUGGUCACGUCGGCGCAGCCCAUGUCGUCGCUGCCUGAUGCGCAGGCCAAGUUCAUCAGCGGCGCCCCUCUCCCAUCUGUUAUCAACCUGAUGGAGUCGCAGCGUCAACUGCACUCAUCGAGCACGACCGACCUGCUGUAUGAAGCGCCGACGCCGAAACCGGCAAAGCGCCAGAGUGCGAUGCCCGGACGACAGUCGUUCUCGCCUGCAUACCUGACAAAGCUGUCCAACGACGGCAUCUCGAGUGUGCCGGGUUACCCCGCCGAGCGCGACCGCGAGCGCAAGGCGAAGAGUGGCCGUUUCUGGGGCUUUGGUAAGACGAUCGAGAAGGCGCCGGCCAAGCCCGUGUUUGGCGUGCCGCUGAACGACUCGAUCGCCGUUGCGCAGGUGGCUGGCCUUCCUGCGAUCGUGUUCCGCUGCAUCGAGUACCUCGAGGCGAAGCACGCCGACCAGGAGGAGGGCAUCUACCGCCUGUCUGGCUCGAGUGCGGUUAUCAAGGGUCUCAAGGAGAAGUUCAACGCCGAGGGCGACGUGAAUCUGCUUGCGAUCGACGAGCGAUGGGACCCGCACGCGAUUGCUGGUCUCCUCAAGACGUAUAUGCGCGAGCUGCCGACGAGUCUGCUCACGCGAGAGCUGCACCUGCGAUUCCUGGAUCUGAUCGACCCUGCUGCGCGUGUCGCCGAGCUGUCGCGCUUGGUGACCGAGCUCCCGCCGUCCAACUACACGCUUUUGCGUGCGUUCAUCUCGCACCUGAUCCUGAUUGUGAAGAAUGCCGCGGUCAACAAGAUGACGCUGCGAAACAUUGGCAUCGUCUUCUCCCCGACGCUCGGUAUUCCGGCGGGCAUCUUCUACGAGCUCGUCUCCCGCUUCGGUGCGAUCUUUGACGACGCGGGUGUGGAGGAGUUGCCUCUUGACGGUCCUGCGCCUGCGACCCUCGGCGUGCCCGAGGGCGAGGACGCGGCCGCGGGCACCAACCUCGCCAAGCGCAACAGCAUGCUGUACCACCAGGGCGGGGCGGACACUCUGCUCGGUCUCGGUGGCCGCGCGCUCGACCCAGCGACGGAGGACAGCACGUCCGAGCUCUCACUCGAUGAUCUCGAGAGCGAGCAAAUGUCGGCGCAGUCGAGCGACAACUUGAGCGUGCUCGCGACGCCGGACCAGGGCACAGCCAGGGGACGGAGGGACAUGUUCUCGUCCCCGCGCAACGACCAGGUGGAGGUAGUCUCGACGCCGAAUGGCGCGUGA